AUGGCUGGCCAGAACUGCAGGGUCACAGUUGUACUGCUGGGGGGCCUGCUACUGCUUGCGGUGCGCCUGAUGCGCGGGGCAGAGGCUUCUGAGAUUGCUCUGCCCCAAGGAAGCAACAUUACCAUUCUCAUAAAGCGGGGGACAUCAGCUCCGCCAGCGAAGGCCUGCUUCAUCAUUGUUUCUAAAAGGCAUAUGACUGGGUUGUUCAUCAAAGCUGGAGAGAAAAUGGUCUUUACCUUUAGCUGCCAGGACCCACAGAACCACUUUGUCAUGGAGAUCCAGAAGAAUAUCGACUGCAUGUCAGGCCCCUGUCCUUUUGGGGAGGUUCAGCUUCAGCCCUCGACAUCGACGUUGCCCACCCUCAACAGAACUUUCAUCUGGGACGUCAAAGCUCACAAGCGCAUCGGCCUGGAGCUGCAGUUCUCUCUCCCACGCCUUAGACAGAUCGGGCCCGGGGAGAGCUGUGCCGACGGGGUCACUCACUCCAUCAGCGGCCGCAUCGAUGCCACUGUGGUCAGGAUCGGCACCUUCUGCAGCAAUGGCACUGUGUCCCGGAUCAAGAUGCAGGAGGGAGUGAAGAUGGCCUUGCACCUGCCGUGGUUCCACCCCCGAAAUGUCUCUGGCUUCAGCAUUGCCAACCGCUCGUCUAUAAAACGCCUGUGCAUCAUCGAGUCUGUGUUUGAAGGGGAAGGCUCGGCCACCCUGAUGUCUGCCAACUACCCAGAAGGCUUCCCCGAGGAUGAGCUUAUGACGUGGCAGUUUGUGGUCCCCGCACACCUGCGGGCCAGCGUCACCUUCCUCACCUUCAACGUCUCCAACUGUGAGAAGAAGGAGGAGCGGGUGGAGUACUACAUCCCCGGCUCCACCACCAACCCCGAGGUGUUCAAGUUGGAGGACAAGCAGCCCGGGAACAUGGCUGGGAACUUCAACCUGUCCCUGCAGGGCUGUGACCAAGACGCCCAGAAUCCAGGGAUCCUGCGACUGCAGUUUCAAGUUUUAGUCCAACAUCCACAAAAUGAAAGCAAUAAAACCUACAUAGUUGACUUGAGUCAGGAGCAGACCAUGUCAAUCACCAUCGAGCCUCGCCCCGUCAAACAGAGCCGCAGAUUUGUCCCUGGCUGCUUCGUGUGUCUGGAGUCUCGGACCUGCAGUAACAACGUCACCCUGACACCGGGCUCCAAGCACAAGAUCUCCUUCCUUUGCGAUGACCUGACACGCCUGUGGUUGAAUGCAGAGAAAACCAUAAGCUGCACAGACCACCGGUACUGCCACAGGAAGUCCUACCAACUCCAGGUGCCCAGUGACCUCCUCCAGCUGCCCGUACAGUUGCAUGACUUCUCCUGGAAGCUGCUGGUGCCCAAGGACAGGCUCAGUCUGGUGCUGGUGCCCAAACAGAAGCUGCAACAGCACACUCAUGAGAAGGUCUGCAAUACCAGCUUCAGCUACCUCGUGGCCACACACCUGGCCACACCUGGUCAGGAACUGUACUAUGGCUCCUUCUGCCCUGGCCCUGGAGGCUCUAUCGAGCAGAUCCAGGUGAAGCAGAACAGCUCCGUGACCCUCCGGACCUUUGCUCCCAGCUUCCAACAAGAGUUCUACAAGCAGGGCCUGACCGUGUCCUUCACCCCACACUUCAAAGAGGAUGGGAUUUUCACCGUGACGCCAGACACAAAGAACAAGGUCUACCUGAGGACCCCCAACUGGGAGCGGGGCCUGCCAGCCCUCUCCUCCUUGUCCUGGAACAUCAGUGUGCCCCGUGAUCAGGUGGCCUGCCUGACCUUCUUCAAGGAGCGCAUCGGCGUGGCCUGCCAGACGGGGUGGGCACUCAUGAUCAUCCAGGAGCAGAGGUCGCAACCAGAGGAGAUCUUCAACCUGGAGGAGGUCAUGCUCCCCAAGCCAAGCUUCCACUAUCACAACUUCUGGGUCAACAUCUCCAACUGCAGCCCCGUGAGCGGCAAGCAGCUGGACCUGCUCUUCUGGGUGACUCUCACCCCAAAGACCCUGGACCUGACUGCUAUCAUCAUCGCUGUGGUGGCAGGUGGGGCCUUGCUACUGUUGGCCCUCGGACUCAUCAUUUGCUUCGUGAAAAGGAAGAAAAAGAAAAACAAAGGCCCUGCUGUGGGCAUCUACAAUGGCAAUGUCAACACCCAGGUGCCGAGGCAGCUGAAAAAGUUCCAGAAAGGAAGAAAGGACAAUGACUCCCAUGUGUACGCAGUCAUCGAUGACACCAUGGUGUAUGGACAUCUGCUGCAGGAUUCCAAUGGGUCCUUCCUCCAGCCAGAGGUGGACACCUAUCGGCCCUUCCAGGGCCCCACGGGGGACUGCCCUCCCUCCCCACCCCCCAUAUGCUCCAGGACCCCAACUGCAAAGUUGACCACAGACGAGCUGCCCCCUUGCAUCUCUCCUGAGUCUGAGAGUGAACCCUACACCUUCUCCCACCCCAACAAGGUGGAGGUAGGCAACGGGGACACAGACAUCCCCUUGCUGGAUACCCAGGAGCCUGUGAAGCCAGCCGAGUAA